AGCUGGGCUGCUCAAAACGAAAGGAAACUGUAGCGCUCUGCCAUCGGGCUUCAUUAUUUUCCAGUCGGCUGGUUGCGCCUGGAGUGUCUGAAAAUGGACUCAUCAAAAGUGGUAGCUGCCUCUGAGAAGGAACAGAAGCCAGCAGGGGAGGAGCGCGAAGAGACGUCCAGCACCUCUUCUGGAAUGUCCCCCUGGUGAUUCAGCAGGACAUUACACUGUAAUGUGUGAUGAUGGGGAAGAGGAAGAGGAGGAGCCAAGGGCAUGUGAUGCUGUGAGGGAGGAAUGCGAGAGAUAUAGACACUAUGACAUUUGAAAUGUCUUUAUUCUUUUGGAACUUCUCUCAAUGUCUUACCAUGGACGGGUCCGUUUUCAGACACUCCAGACGAGCGAGACAGCCGAAGAAGAGCGCUACAGUUUACUUUCGUUUCCAACCGCCCAGCCCAUCCUGCUUCUUCGUUGUGGUUUAACGGCGGUUGGCAUCCAAUAUGUUGUGUCACAGAGUUCCCAGUUGUCCUGAAAGCACCAUACAUCCAGAGAAUACCAGACUUUGAUGACAAAAUUUGCCCAUGGAGGACCGCCGAUCCACCUUCCUGUUCAAGUGGGCACAGCACAAUAAGUAUAAAAGCAGUCCAAACCAGUCCAACAUAGACUCCGAGAACAACAAGGUUAACUUCUGUUAUUAGCAAGCAUCCAAACUGCAUGUACCUGCUGCUCCCCUUAUGGACAUUUCAACCCAUCCCCCUCAACAGGCGUCCUUUCUGCCCCCCACCUCAAAGGUAGCUGCUUCUGAGAGGGAACAGAUGUCUGCGGGGACAGAGAGGGACAAACUCCCCAGCACCUCUUCUGGAAGGUUGACCCCGUCUGGAGAGAAGCGUCGUGGUCUGGAGACUGUGAUCUCUAGGCUGGAGAUGCUGAAUGUGGGAAAGGUAGGUAACUUGAAAACAUUGGAUAUUUCAGCUCUGCUGCUGACCGGUCUGGAGGAGCUCACUGAAGAACAGCUGAAAACAUUUCAGUCUAAUCUGACUACGAUCCAGACGCUUGGCUUUCCUCCCAUCCCAGAGAGCCAGCUGGAGAACACUGACAGACAGGUCACAGUGGAUCAGAUGGUGAAGAGAUACGGUCCUGAGAGAGCUGUGAGGAACACACUGAGGAUCCUGAGGGAGAUGGAUCUGGAUGAUCUGUCAAAGAAGAUAGAGAGAGAGAGGUUUCCUGAGGACUAUAAUCAGGAGGACAGUGGAACAUACCGGUUAGAGUGCCCCAGUGCAGGUCUGUUCCAGUGCCCCAGUGCAGGUCUGUUCCAGUGCCCCAGUGCAGGUCUGUUCCAGUGCCCCAGUGCAGGUCUGUUCCAGUGCCCCAGUGCAGGUCUGUUCCAGUGCCCCAGUGCAGGUCUGUUCCAGUGCAGUAUAACAGGCCUGGUGUUCAGGAUGGAGGGAGAGGGAGAGGUGCUCUAUAGGACAGUCCACUGGGACAUGAGGCUUCUAUCCCAGAGUGGCAAGAGACCUGCAGGACCCCUGUUCAUGUUUACAUGCCUUAAGGGGUCUGUCAGUCAACUACACCUCCCACACUGUGAGAUCUGCCCUGGUGGUGGAUGUGACUUCCUGUCUGUAGCCCAUGUGACUGAUGACAUCAUUGAGUUUAUCCCUCCUCAUAAGAUAACAGAAACACAUGUCAUAAUAAACAUCACUGGAUUCUGUGCUUAUGGCCUCACCAAGGAGAAGGAUGCUCCUGUCUUCCCUAUCAAAGCCCAGGUGUUGUUGUUCUACCGUCCAUCAGAUGACCCUGAACUGGAACCUGUACUGCACGUGUUGUUGCUGCCUCGGAACGUUGUCCGAAUGAAGGUGCAAGAGGAGAGGGCGAGGAGGAAUGGCAUGAGAGAAACAUUCAUUGAAACAACCUCUGACUGUGAACUGACCCCUGAUCAGAUUUACAGCCUCUCCACUGAUGGGUAUCAUAAGGUGACACCUAAGAACAAGAAGUUUGAUAAUGAUAAAGACUACGAAAACUACACCACAACGUUCGCGGUGUUCUUACCUGCCAAAGUUAAAAAAGCUGAACUGACAUUGAAGAAGAAGAAGAAUAUAGCCUGGUCCAUAUUAGACCUACUGUCCAGUCUAUUUGUGAAUCAUGAAUAUCCGUGGAAGGGUUUCUACAGAUAUCAAGCCCCUCUCCCUGCAGCCACUCCUGCCAAACCCCCUAUUUUCCCAGGACAAGACUUCAUUCCAAAACAUAGGAUUGCUCUAGAAACUCGCCUGGGACUCUUGCAGCCCAUUCUCUUGCAUCUGGAGGAUCACAAGGUUCUGAAUGCUGAGGAGAGGGAGGAGGUGCUCAGUAAAUCCACCAAGACACUACAGAACCAAGCCCUGCUGGACAUGGUGGUGAGGAAAGGGGAUGAAGCCCAGGAGAAGUUCUACCAGGUCCUGAGAGAAGCUGACCACUUCCUGGUCAGAGACCUGGAGAAGAAGAAAGCCUGAGAGGUUACCAAAUGUUGCACGCCCAAUUUUUCAGUUUUUGAUUUGUUAAAAAAGUUUGAAAUAUCCAAUAAAUGUCGUUCCACUUCA